UGCCAUCCCCGUAUUAUAAAAUAGAUCCCACCGCUUGCCUUCCUCUCCGCACCCCACUCGGCGCGGCUUCGUUUUUAAAGAGACCCCAACGUCAAGUUGUUCUGCACCCAGCCGCCCGGCUGCUCCCUGGCCCUGUUUGCAAACAGAGCCUGGGCCGAGCCGAUUGGUACUCGCACCUCCCGGAAGUUCAGGAAUGCAGUGAACUUUAUAAGUUGGCCCGUACAGGUUUUUCCCCCCCCCCCCUCCCAUGGGAUAAUAUUUGCUUUGACUUCUGGAUCUCGACUUUCCUGGCAAAGCCCGUGUGGCCUGGGGUCUGAAGCGAAGGCGGGCGGUGUGUGCACAUUUGGACGAGCGGCGUGGGUAGGUUUGCCUCCCGCUUAUUUAUGCCUUUCGUUUUUGGAGCCAGGUAAAUAAAGAUCCCGCCGCUUCCGCCCCAGAGGGAGGAGAGAAACCUCGAGUGGAGGAGGAAAAGGGCGAAGGACGCCGAGGAGCAAAGGCCACCCCCGAGGUUUUCGGCGCAUUUGCAUCGGGGUGCGGAGAAAUGACCGGAUAGAGGGCGAAUCCCGGCCCCACACGAGCUUGGGUGGCGGUGGAAUUGUCCUCGGGAAAGCGAGCUCCAUUUCUGGAUUACAAAACAGGAAGACGAAGACUCUGGCUUGCUCUGUACGUGACUCAUUGAUCUCCAGACUUGGGAUUCAUACAGGACUGGACUCUGGUGACGCAAUGGAGGGACGGGGCCCGUCCGCUGGGGGAGAUUUUUCUGCCCCCCCAGCCGACCCUGCAGGGGGAGCCCCGGACCCGGGCUCUGAUGGGCCGGGGGUGACAGAGCCAGCCCCCACGCUCAACCACCCCUGCAGCUUCUUCUUGGCGGGCAGUUGCCGCUUCGGCGCCCGCUGCCGGAACCCCCACCCCGGCGCCCCGCCCGCCGCCCCCCAGCCGCCCCACGAACCCCCCAGCAAGAAGUCCCUUGAGCGCCCCAGCAAGAAGCCCCCCAUGAAGACAGCAGGGGACGUCGUCUCCCGCAUCCUCUGGGACCGCCAGCUGCCGCCCGGCGAGUUCACCGUGGGCCACCUGGACCGCUUCUCCGGCGUGCGGGAAGACGCCUUCACGGCCUUCUGCUGGGAGGAUUUGGCGUCGGUCGGGCCGGAGGUGCUGGCCAUACCCCAGCACAGGAUCCAGUACUUCAAAUAUCGCGGCCGCGUGGUGUGGGACAAAGCCAGCCGGCUGGACGACGUCUUCGGCUCCACCGGGGGCGGCCGGACCAUCCUGGAGGUGAUGGAGGAAGAGGCCGGGCGCCAAGAGGCCGUAGGAAUGGGGGACGGCGGAGCCGGGGUGCCGGAGGAGGCUGUAGCUCCGGAGAACGAAGAGGAGGAGGAUGUGGCUGAGCCAGGAGCUCAGAGCUGCCCCCCAGCACCCCCCCGCCCCACCCACUUUGUGGCCGCGCGCAUCACCAGCCCGGAGCUGCGGGAUUCGGUGGCCCGGCUCCAGGAGGCCCUGAGCCAGGCCGACCCCACCGUGGCCGAGUUCUGCACCCCACUGACCACCCUCCACCUCACCCUCUGCCUCCUCCGGCUGGAUGGCGCUGCCGAGAUGCAGGCGGCCGUCACCGCCCUGCGGGAGCUGCAGGCCGAGCACCGGCGCCUCCUGCCCCCCGCCCCGCUCCUGCGCUUCCGGGGCCUGGGCACCUUCUGGGGCCGGGUGCUGUACGCCGCCCCCGUGCCUGGCCCGGAGCUGGCGGGGCUGGCCCACGCCCUGGAGCAGGGCUUUGUCUGCAAGGGGCUGACGGUCGUCCCGCUCCCGGCCCACGAUUGUUUCCAUCUCACUGUGGCCAAGAUCCCGGCGGGCGGGGAGCCGAGGCUGAACCUGCCCCCGGAGCCUCCCGGGGAGGAGCUGGGGACCCAGGCGGUGGAAUCGCUGUGUCUGUGCCAGGUGGGUGGGGGCAGACGGACCGAUGGGUUUUACAGCACCCUCGUGGAGCUGGAUCUGUAUUGAGGGGGCCCCACGCCAGUCCCCAAAUCCCAGCUCAGGAUGUGGGGCUCUAUUGAUCCUUCUCUCAGGUCCCCUAAUCCAGAUUAGAGCAGGGGGCUGGGAGCUAGGACUCCUGGGUUCUAUCCCCCCAGCAGGGACGGGGAUGGGGCCUAGUAGUUAUGGGGCGGGCAGGGCUGGGAGUCAGGACUCCUGGGUUCUACUCACACCUCUGG